AUGGAUGAAAGUAUGCAACUAUUUUCAGGACGAAUUUUAGCGACAUUAAAGCAUAUGCAAGCUUCAGCAGAUCUUAAUGCAUUAGAAAGACAAACUCAAGACAGAGAUGAUGCACUAACACAGGCUAAAACAAAGUUUACGGAAG